AUGCACAACGACGGACUGCCUCGAGCUCGUAUUCGGGUGGCUAUUUGCGGCGGUGGUAUCAGCGGCUUGUGCCUAGCUGUUGCGCUUUCGAAGGCUUCCAACGUAGAAGUAAAUGUAUACGAAUCAGCUCAGCGAUUUAGCGAAAUCGGCGCGGGUGUCAUGAUCUGGUCCAGAACAUGGCGAAUCUUGGAGCAGAUGGGCUUAGCCGAUGCAUUCUCCAGAAUCGCGCAUGCACCACCUGAUGGUUCUAUGGGGAUUGGCUUUGAUUACCGACGCUCAGAUGGGCCAGAAGGGUUCGACUUCUACCGGGUGCAGAUGCCAUAUGGAUGCAUCCGUUUCCACCGUGCACAAUUCCUUGAUGUUCUCAUCGACCGAUUGCCCACUGGCGUGGCGCAUUUCGGGAAACGCCUAAGGAGCUACUCACAAUCUAAUAAUGGGCCGAUUGGACUUCGGUUUUCUGAUGGAUCGAUGGUCGAAUGCGAUGUCCUAUUGGGUUGUGACGGCAUAAAGUCGGUGAUUCGAGGACAGAUGUUGAGGGACAGGGCUAAAGAGAAUAACGAUGGGAGUUUGCUUGAUCUCGUUGACCCAGUCUGGAGCGGGACGAUUGCGUACAGAGGAUUGAUCCCCGCCGAAAGGCUGAACGAGGAACACAGAGCACUUGGGGCGCCCAUGAUGUAUUGCGGGCAAGACAAGCAUGUCGUCAGCUAUUCAAUAUCCCAGGGCAGUGUGGUGAAUGUCGUUACUUUUAGCUCCAAUCCAAACGAGGAAGGUCGCCCAUAUGGCGGCCCAUGGGUUGUAGACUGUGAGAGGGAAGAACUUCUCGAGUCUUACAGUGGAUGGGAGCCCGAAGUAGGAGAACUGCUACAGGUGACCAGGACUUCUGCCUUUUCAGUCGAGAUGACGCAAGGGCUCAUUCAAAACUCUAUCUUCAGGAGAGUGGCAUUGAUCGGGGAUUCGGCGCAUGCGAUGGUUCCUCACCAAGGCGCUGGGGCUGGUCAAGCAAUAGAGGAUGCGUAUAUUAUUGCAUGCCUUAUCUCCCGUGCAAGCGAGGCAACGGUGGAUCUCGCACUGCAGGCGUAUGAACUCGUCCGCUUGCCAGUUGCCAACCACGUCCUCAAAGGCUCCGCCGAAUCGGGCAAGAUGUACGAAUUCAACUCUCAGCAUGGGGAUGACUAUCGUACACUGGGAAGGGCCAUCGAACGACAAUGGGAUUGGAUCCACUGGCCGUCCCCAAAUGAAGACUUGGCUUGUGCAUUGGACUGGGUUUCCCAGCAGCUUAUGUUGCGGCGCGAAGGGGGUUAUGCCUAA